UGAUUGUUGUGGCAUAAUUUCGCGUAAUUAUAUUAGAUAUCGCGUUUCGGUUUAUUUAGCAUUAUAAUUAUUUCCAUCGCAACGACCUAAGUAAUUUGUUUAAAAUCUUACAAUUAAACCACAUAACUAAGCGCAAUGGAGCGAAGUCGCCGGGGCAGGACUCGGCGGAUGCCAUCGCCUGGAUCGGAUAACGACAGUUCCAUGGCAGGUCCAAGUAGCAAGAGGAGCAAACAUUUUAACCAAACCGAAUAUGAGGCAGAACGGGAAGCCGAAAAAGAAGAUUCGGAGAGUUUUGAAGAAGCGUCUACUUCGCAGUCUGCAAGAUCUCAAGGCAUGCGUGCAUUCCAAAACGGUCAAAACAUAUCACAGCAUGCUGGCACUUUUAAUCUUACGUCGGAGCUAUCCAUACCUACAGCAUUUGACCGCUGUGGCAAAGUGAUUUCCAUGCGUCUUACCAACUUUAUGUGUCACUCAAAUCUAUUUAUGGAGUUUGGACCCAAUAUCAACUUCCUAGUGGGCAAUAAUGGCAGUGGCAAGAGUGCUGUGAUCACCGCGUUGGCUCUGGGCCUGACUAGCAGCGCUAGAGCCACCAACAGAGCCAGCAGUAUACAGAAGCUUAUAAAAAACGGCCAAGCAAGUGCCACCAUAGCCAUAACGCUUUCCAAUACGGGAUUGCGACCCUUCAAAGCGGACGUUUUUGGACCACAUCUCACUGUUGUGCGUCAAAUACGACAGUCCUCCUCAACCUACGAUCUACAAGAUGCUCGAGGCAAAAGCGUCUCUAAGAAAGUGUCCGAGAUCAGACGCAUGCUGCUCUGCUUUGGUAUCAAUGUGGAGAAUCCCAUUUUCGUGCUGAAUCAGGAGGCGGCGCGUGAAUUUCUGAAAGAAUUGGAGCCAGCAUCAAAUUACAAACUGCUGAUGAAAGCAACUCAACUGGAUGUUUGUACUAGCAGCCUCACCGAGUGCCAUGCACAGCGAGGCCAUUUCACACAAGACCUGGAACAACUUGAAAAGAAACGUGAUGUGGUUGCCAAACAAGUUGAAGCUGAAGAGGAAAAGCUGUCUAUACUUAGGGAUAAGGAAGUUGUCAAGGAAAAAUUGGAACAGUGUAAAAUCAAAUUGGCAUGGAUGGCUGUCACGCAUUACCAAAAAGAACUGGAAAACCUAGAACACUCGAUUAAACUGAUAGAAAACAAAAAGACCAAGCUAGAGCAUACCACAUCCAAAAAAGAGACUACGCAAGCUACUAUGACACAACAGCUAAGCGCUUUUAAAGCUACAAAAAAUCAAGCAUUAGAAACCUACGCAGUUCAGGAGGAAAAACUGAGAUCAGCAAAGCGGGCAGUACAGGAUCUGCAUUUAAAAGUCAGCAAUGUUAAAGCUCAGAUCGUGAACUCCGAACGACGUUUGCGAGAAGAUCAACACGCUUAUGAUGAAUGUGAGAAACUUAUUGAAAACUACCACGCCGACUUCAAUCGGGUGAAAGAUCAGCGUGAGCAGCACGUCAAUAAGAUGGAGGCGUUGAAGAAGCAGGUAGCUGACAGCGAAGAUAUCAUCACCAAGUUGCGGGAAGAGCAGCAACUAAUUAAGCGGGAACUAAACGCAGUUCAAGAGAGGGUAGAUGCUAUAAAAAAUGACAGAUUACAACUGCAUAAAUCAAAGCAGAAAAUCAGUUAUGAAAUUGAGGCGCUUUCUCGCAAUAAAUCGAAUAAACUGUCCGUCUACGGUGAGCAAGCGAUACAGGUUGUGCAUGCCUUACGAACUCAAUAUGCCGGCUCCAAUAUGCACAGGAUGCCACGAGGACCUCUGGGCCAGUAUAUUAGUGCUCCCAAGCCAGAGUACAGGGAUCUGGUCGAGAGCCAACUCAUGUCCUGCCUACGUUCCUUUAUCGUUAGCUCAGAUAGUGAACGUCAGUCGUUGCGUAUGUUGUUGCAGAACAAGUUCGCCGGCGGUACUAUGCCCACCAUUAUCACAAGUCCCUUUACGGAUCGCGUUUACGAUGUCUCCAGGAACAAGGUGCGACCAACCACGCAGAAUACCACAGUUCUCAUCGAUGAAAUUAGCUGCGAUGAUCCAGUGGUAAUGAACUACCUCAUUGAUAUGCUACGAAUUGAAACGGUUCUGGUAACGGAGUCCAAGGAGACUGCUGAGUUCCUCACAUCCGACACUGAGAAUGUGCCGCCCAAUCUGACGCGAGUUCUGGUUCCCAGCCUAGGAUUGGAGUACAUACCAUCGCCCAAUUAUGCAGUCUAUUCGACUAAAAUAAAUCCUGCGAGAUAUAUUCAUAUAAAUGUUGACGAUCGCAUCCGCCAACUGCAUAUGGAGCAAAGUGAUCUUGAGGAAAAAGAAGCUUCUUUGGAGAGAGACUACAUGCAACAUAGAAAGGUACUGGAAAAUAGCCAUCAAGAGAUAACAAAGAAAAGCGCCCUGAUUGGUCAGCAUCAAUCAAGAAAUCAGCGGGCAAUGCAGCAAAUAAUGGAGUUACAAAACUUUGAUUACCAAGAGCUGCCCGAAUAUGAUCGUUUGAAAUCUCAUUUAGCCGACAGUGGCGAAAAAAUUGAAAAAUGCAAAGAGGAACGAGAAAUGCUGCAGAAAAAACUUAAAGUUAUACAAGAAAAGAAGGAGUCAUUAGAGGCAGUUGAAGCCGAAGAAAAGAGAGCUCUUGAAGGUAUUCAAGAAAAGCUUUCCACACUCGACACCGAGGCUCGCGAAGUGGAAAGCAAGAUCCGUAGUCUUGAUCUUCACUAUGAAGAAAAUACAAAAAAUUUGCAGAAAACAAUGGAGCUCGAAAGGAAAAUGCUCAGCGAGAAGGCGACCGUGCUGAGUGAUUUGGAGAAGGCUCGAAGCGAUGCCGAGAAAUUGGGAGAGUUUGUAGCCACGACGCAGUCAGAGGAACAAAUUCGCGAAUCGAUUAGUCGCUACAAGUCGAAAAUCAAGCAGGUGGAGCAGUUAAACUACAAUCCCGAAGAGUUAGAGAGAGCUUUGGUAGAUCUGCGAAACGACCUGGGUCUUCAAGCUCGGCACUUGGCUGUGGUCGAAUCCGUGAUCAAGAAGCUACGCAUGGCGUACCAUCAAAGGGCGCAGCUUUUCCAGAGAUCGCGCCAUCAUUACUUCACAAUGGUUCAGUUUCAGUUUGAGCAAGCACUGGCUAUGCGAAAGUUUAAAGUUAGUUUUGAGACGAGCGAUAGGGAGAAGACGUGGAAGAUCAACGUUUUUCCACCCAGUGGAAAUGAAACAUCUAACACGAGGAGCUUGUCAGGUGGUGAACGUUCAUUCACCACAGUUUCUUUGCUAAAAGGACUUUGGAGCACUUCAGAUCAUCCUUUCUAUUUUCUGGACGAAUACGAUGUGUUUACGGACGAAGUAAACCGCAAGUUUAUUACGGAAAUCCUCAUCGGCGAGGGUUUGGAGUGGUUGUCUCGUCAGUAUUGUUUUCUUACGCCCCAGGAUACCAAGGUCGAGGCUAGCAAUCACAUUACAGUGCACAAAUUGGAGGCUCCCGACCGGUAAAGCCGUAAACAAAUAUAUAUACUAGGAAGUUGCAGGACGACGAAGCAUCAGUAUCAACUAUUUUUAAAGUUAAGGAACAAAAAUUAAAUAUUUAUCUGUACGUAGGAUUAAGGACUACAAUUUAUUGUUAAAUUAGUUUAAACGUUAAAAUGUAAUUCGUAAGUUUAAAAAAAUAUAAAGAAAAA